CCAAGAUAUAAAGAUAGUUCCAAUUCAUUACAGAAUCAUUACGCAAAUAACAAACAAAGCAUAACAACCGUUCAACUUCUCCGGCACCGGCGAUCCCUUCCAUCGUAACAAUGGAAUCGGAAUCUCCGAGAUCCGAAACACAAACGGAUCCUCUCCAAAACCCCUUAGACGAACUCUGUCACGAUCUUCACUCUCUCCAAGAGCUAGCUAACCGCGGCGCGUGGCGUUCAAUCAUCGACAAAGUCGCACGCGCUAGAGCACUCGCUCUUCUCCAAAAACCUCACGAUCAUCUCACAUACCUCGCAUUCAACGCACUCGCAUUCACAAAACUACGUCGUUUCAAUGAAGCUUCUUCUGAACUUGAUUCCGUUGAAGAUCUCGAUAGUUCUCACUACAGGUAUGAAACCUACCCUAAAAUUUACCCUAAUCGGGUCGGAUCAAUGGUUCCUUUUUCUCUUCGAUGGCUUCAUGCUUUAAUUCCGAUCAAAUUAGGUCAACGCCAACAAGGAAUUGAUCGAUUAUACCGUCUUCUCGAUUUCGUGCGUGAGAAGAUUAAGGAUAAAGAAAGCAAUAAUUUCAGUGUUUCGACUAAUGUGUGGCGAAAAAGAGAGGUUUUUGUUGUGAAUUGUAUAAUUGGUCACCAUUUGAGUCAUAAAGAGUUUGGUGUUUGUUUAAGUUUCAUGAAAACCCUAAUUUUGAACGAUUCUUCGGAUCCGUUUUUGAUUUCGCAACUUGGGUAUAUUCAAUUGCAAACUGGUGAUUUGGAAGGGGCGAAAGCUUCAUUUUUGAAAGCUGAAGUUGAUGGGAAGAAUAAUGGGUCAUUGAGUGAGGUUGAGUUUAAGAACCUUGUGAAUAGAAACAAGGCUUUGGUGUAUAUGGUUGGGAAGGAUUAUGUAUCUGCAGUUAGGGAGUAUGAAGAAUGCAUUGAGAGGGACCAUAGUGAUAUAGUGGCUUUUAAUAAUAAAGCUCUUUGUUUGAUGUAUUUGAGGGAUUUGUCUGAUUCAAUCAAGGUGUUGGAAAAUUCUCUUGAAAGGGUUCCUACUGUUGCUCUCAAUGAAACCCUUGUUGUGAAUUUGUGUAGUAUGUAUGAGUUGGCUUAUGUUAAUCAUUCUGAUAUUAAGAGAACACUUAGUAAUUGGAUUGCUCGUGUUGCUCCUGAUGAUUUCGAUGCAACUUGUACUCGUACAUGAUAAGGUAGUUUCUGUUUCUUUCUUUUUGCUUUCACAUUUUGAUUUUGUCUUGCUUGCAAUUGGCAUGCUUGUAAUGUAUGACGAUUUUUGUGUUUUGUUCCAUUAAUAGGAUCUUGUAUUUUCAUAAAAGAUAGUUCAAUAAUCUAUAAGCUCAACGUUUACUUUUCA